GCCACGCAUGUCUUGGCUGAGUCCUGGGGGACUCCAGCCUGCCGGCUUGUUACAGCCAUCUGUACGGCUUUAGAGAAGAACAUCGGAGCCUGGAGACAAGAAUCAGCCUGCAUCAUCAUGAGCUUCACUAUAGAGGAGAGAGGGAAACCCAACACACAGGACUACAGAGUCUACUUCAAGAACUCAGAUGGGAAAUACAUAUCUCCAUUCCAUGACAUUCCCCUCUACGCAGAUGAGGCAAAGAAUAUCUUCCAUGCAGUUAUAGAGGUUCCCAGAUGGACCAAUGCCAAAAUGGAGAUUGCUACCAAAGAUCCCCUGAACCCCCUAAAGCAGGAUGUGAAGAAAGGAAAUCUGCGUUAUGUGUGUAAUGUAUUUCCUCAUAAAGGCUACAUCUGGAACUAUGGAGCUAUCCCUCAGACAUGGGAGGAUCCAGGACACAAAGACGAAGACACAGGGUGCUGUGGCGACAACGACCCCAUCGACAUCUGUGACAUCGGAAACAAGGUGUGCUCUCAGGGAGAAGUCAUCCGUGUAAAAGUCUUGGGGACACUUGCACUGAUAGAUGAGGGGGAAACAGACUGGAAAGUCAUCGUCAUUAAUGUCGAGGACCCUGAGGCCGACGACUUUAACGAUAUUAAUGAUGUGAGGAGGCUGAAGCCGGGCUAUCUGGAAGCAACAGUGGACUGGUUCAGAAUGUACAAAGUACCAGAUGGAAAACCAGAAAAUCAGUUUGCCUUCAAUGGUGAAUUCAAGAACAGGGACUUUGCCAUUAAGACAGUCAAAGAUACCCAUGGAUACUGGCAAGCACUGAUAAUGAAAAAGACUGAAGCAGGAGAACUCAACUGCAUGAACACCUGUGUCACAGACAGCCCCUUCAUCUGUGCCAGCAGUGAUGCCAAAGCCAUUGUAGACUCAGCAAGUGCGUAUGGUGAAGCAAAGUCUAUCCCAAACUCAGCUGACAAAUGGUACUAUUACAGCAAAUAAUCAUCGAGGGACAGCAGCCAGCAAAGAUGAUAACAUGAUGUUGGAUUCACAUCAUUAAUCCAGUCAAGAUGCUGAAUGUAUUUAAGCUGUAAUUAUGCUUUCUGCUCCAUUAAAAAAGAGAGUUUUACAGAUAUAUACAUUUGCUAAAUUAUCUGGGCAAAAUGCUUACUGCUUAUUGUAGAUGAUCAGGAAUAAAUUAAUAUUAGAACUCUGCUCAGCUCAGUUACUGACCAUAACUGUUUUCUGAGAGGAUUCAAAAUGUUUGAACACCGACCUUAAAUUAAUAAAGCUUUUUUGUCAUGUUAGAA